AUGUCUAGCCAGGCCGCAGCGCCCGACACCUUCGCCGACGGUUGCGGCUACGUGUUCGACCCUGUGGCAGAGCACGAAGAGACGUUGCGACAGCAGCAGCUUAUGCAGGGGAGGGGGAACGCAGGGGAUGGCAGCGUCGCACAUGGCAACGGAACGGUCGAACCCCGCAGCGGCAUUUACUUAGCUGCUUACAAGGAACCAGCGGCGAUGAAGCAAGAGGCGAGGUCGCCAGCGGCGAUGAAGCAAGAGGUCGGCCAGCAGUCGUCGCCUCCAGCGGCGAGGUCGCCAUCGACGUUGAAGCUAGAAGUCGGCCAGCCGCCGCCAGGGGGCGGCCAGCAGCCGCCAGAGGUCGGCCAGCAGCCGCCAGCGAACGGCCAGAAGCGCAACGCCGACGUCAUCCGAGAGUCCGACGUCAUCCGAGAGGAGCGCAGGAAGAAGAUCUCGAAGCUCACCGAGGAGGCGGCCGGCAGCCCGAGCGCGAGCAGCAUGGCAUUGAAGUGCGGGCACACGUGCCAAAACUUGUCGGACAUGCCGCCCGCGGCGGGGCUGGUGCACAAAGCGCUCCUGGAGAAGCGCAGCUCGCACCCUGACGUCAAGGGGCGUCUCGCCGUCACGUGCGAGGCGCAGCGCUACAAG